CCUGCAAUUUCUCUCUCUAAAGACUCGCUCUCUCUCUCUCUCUAUACGUAUAUAUAUAUACUGAUUGACGUUCACUAUAUAUAGACAUCUGGGGUUCAUAUUCUGAUUUGGACUGUAUUCAAUCGAUCAAUUACAGAGGCAAGCGAGAAGACGCAUCUUGUGCAUCUCUUCUUGCUUGUUCUAGAAUGAGGAAGAUAUGGAACACUAUACACGGGCUGCGCCCGGCGAUGUUGAUGGUAGUCGUUCAGGCCACAUUUGCCGGAGUCAACGUCUUCUACAAGCUCGCUGCCAACGACGGCAUGAGCCUCAGGGUUCUGGUUGCCUACCGCUUUCUCUUCGCUGCCGCCUUCAUCGUUCCCAUUGCCAUCAUCGUCGAAAGAAGAAGAAGGCCAAAGCUCACGUGGAAGCUAGCGGGGCAGGCGUUUCUAGUUGGAUUACUGGUGGGUACCGCUGCUCAAAAUUUAUAUUUGGGGAGUUUGGUGUUAACCUCUGCAACGUUUGCUUCCGCCAUGACCAAUUUGGUUCCUGCCAUCACCUUCGUUUUGGCAAUCUCUUUCGGGUUGGAGAAGCUAGGAUGGGGUACAGUGGCAGGGAAGGCGAAGGUGGCGGGAACAUUGAUGUGCAUUGGAGGGGCGAUGCUGCUCACCUUCUACAAAGGCGUUGAGAUCAACCUCUGGUCUACAGACCUUGACCUUCUUCACAGCCACAGCCACAAUAAUUCACGCCUGGGAUCUGGCAAUCUCAAGUUGGGAGCUAUCCUCAGCGUUUGCUGCUGCUUCUCCAGCGCCAUCGGAUUAAUUCUGCAGGCGAAGAUGAUACAGGGCUACCCAUGUCCCUACUCGACGACGGCCAUGGUUGUGACGAUGGGAGCCAUCCAGUCUGUUGGGUUUGCAGUGUGCAUGGAGAGGGACUGGGAGCAAUGGAAGUUGGGCUGGAACAUCAGGCUACUCUCUGCAUCUUACUCGGGAAUCGUGGCCUCUGGGGUCAUGUUGACGUUCAUGGCAUGGUGCGUCCAAAUGAGAGGCCCGCUCUUUGUAUCAGUGUUCAACCCUCUCAUGCUCGUGCUUGUGGCCAUUGCUGGCUCCUUGCUUCUCGACGAGAAGCUACACUUGGGCAGCGUUCUAGGAGCGGGGGUGAUAGUGUUGGGAUUAUACACGGUUCUGUGGGGGAAAGGCAAAGAGUUGAAGAGGAUGGUCCAGCUGAUGCCAUCGAAGAGCUCAAGAGAAUUCUCCGAAAGAAUUGAGAUCACCGUCACUGCUACAACUACUACUACCACCACUACUUCAGCCGAUGAUCAUAAUAUUAAUAAUAUUGACGUGGACGUGAAUUCGAGCAGCAGCGGCAGCACCAUUGUGAUUGAUCCCAACGGCAUUCCUGUGGUAUACUCUAACGACGCUCUGGACGCCCCAAACAUCCCAACAAAGAGAUUGGACAGUGGGUUAGAAGUAGAAGAAGAAGAGCAUCAUGAAGAAAUUAUUGAUAUCAGGACAUAGAACUUUUAAUCACAUCCAUCUCAUCAGCAUGAAAAUACUAGCUAGCUAGUAGUGUGUACACGUGGAAAAAAAAUUAAUGAAUGAAUUAGUGUAGGGUAGGAAGCUCCUAGCUAGAGUCCGCCACCCCAAUUGCCCUUAACAUAUGAGGGCGUUUUUGGUAAUUCAAAGUUGGGGGUCACACACUCUUGGGUAUUAUACGUGUGCUUAUUGGUUCCAUUGACAGUGGUCUUCAUGUCAGUUCCAGUACGUACGUACUUUUUAUUCAAAUGAAUUUGGAUGGAUUUGGACUCAACUUAGAUGUUUUUAAUAAUAAUAAUAUAUUCAAAUA